CAUAAUAUUAUCAACAUACUCAUACGCGAGCUCGUACGCGCAUGCAGUUCUCGUCUGACAGUAGUGCAGUAUCAUUGUAUCAAUCGGCUCGCCGUCCGUUGCAGUUAUCCCGGUCAGUGUGCUUUAUAACUAUGACUUUGUCAAAAGUUCUCAUAUUAUUACCACUGUUCGUCGGUCUUUUAAUGUUGAGCCCGUACUUCGUGUCCGGACGAUUCACGACGGAACAAAUCGAUCAGCUCGGAAAAGCGUGCAACGCAAGCGAAGAUGAUCUUGUCAUAGCUAAAUCUUAUGCAGUACCAACUUCGGAAAGUGGAAAGUGUUUGAUGAAGUGCAUGAUCAACAAAUUGGGAAUGUUGAACGACGACGGUACGUACAAUAAAACUGGAACAAAAUUAGCGUUGAAGAAGCACUGGUCGGAAUGGCCCGAAGACUUGAUAAAUAAAAUUAAUGACAGUUGUUACGAAGAAGCUCAAAAAGUAUCAUUAGACGUUAUUGCGACUUGUGGAUAUGCUUAUGAAGUGACGGCAUGCAUAAACAAACGAACAAAAGACGCGAAUGUAUUGUAAUGGCGGGCACUGCAAAGGAUUGGAACAAAUAUUCGAGAAGCACAUCGAACAUUAUUUUUUUAGAAUAGCAAUUCGCGAUGUUGUGUCAUGUUAAUUGCCUGAUAAGGUUUUCUGUGUAAUUUAAUUUUUAAGCGUUUACAUUAUAAUCUAUAGUUAUUUGACUGUCACA